UUGUCGAUUUGGCAAAUUGUGCAGCGUCGGACGAGGCUGCGCGCUCUCUUACACUCCCACCUGCUCUCUCUCUCUCUCUCUCUCUCACCGCUGCUGUGCGCUCUCUUCCUCUCUCCCUCUCUCCUCGCCACUACACCCCCCUCCCCACCCUCUCCUCUUUCUCUUUUCCCUCCCUUUCAGCUCUUGAAGCUAACGCAUUGGCUGGGCUACAGGCAUCUUGUUGCCAAAUAGGUGGGCCCUACUCGUGUUGGCAAAGGCUCAAGCAAUGGUUAGGGAAAGAACGCGGAGAGGACGAGAGACGGCGAGCGCGAAACAGAAAGAGAAAGAGAGAGAGUUGGAGAGAAAAGGGGAAAAAAGAAGCAGCACUCGGCUUUGCCAGCGGUCGUAUGCGCUCGUCCAACAUUGAUUCGGCUCUCUAUUUUUUUUUCCCUAUUCUGUGCUCUGCUCUCCCUGGCCCCCCCAUCUGUGUGUGAGAGUGUGUGUGAGCGUGUGUGUGUGUGUGUGUGUGAGUGUGUGUGUGAGUCUUGCGCCGGGCCCAGGGAUCAGAACAGACACUUACACUUUGCCAAGGAUUUUUUUUUUUUUUUUUUUCAAGGUUCAUUUUUUUUUUUUUUUUUUUUUGGAAAGCACAAAGGACUGUUUAUUUUAAGUGCAUCUCUCCCGUUGUUGAAGUUUUUUUUUUUUUUUGUCUCCAAACAGUGUAAUACUGUCAACAUUUCUAUUUUUACUUGACAAUUUUUGUUGCUACAAGUUUUUAUCUGUCAUUUUUGGCGUUAGUGUAAUGAGCUGCUGGCCGCCGUCCUGCUGCAGUGAAUUUUCUCCUUCCUAAAAAUCUUGGGGUUUUUGCUUUUAAACUUUGGCCCGCUGUUUUUAGUGAGCAGCAUAUUCUGCUAAUUAUUUUUUUUUUUUACAACCUCCCCCCCCCACCCCCCAAGUUUUUUUUCAUCUCCUAAUUCUCCACACCCUGCCAAACCAGCGCUCGCUUUACAUUGGGGAGCGCGGGAGGAAAAAAAAACUGGUGCAGGAGAUUUUUUUUUUUUUUUUUUUCACUUUAAACGCUGUGCCAAAUUUAUGAUGAGAGUGCAAAAUGGAUGAAUUUCAUCCCUUCAUUGAGGCCCUCCUCCCCCAUGUCCGUGCCUUCUCCUACACCUGGUUCAACCUGCAGGCCCGUAAGCGCAAGUACUUCAAGAAGCACGAAAAGAGGAUGACCAAGGACGAGGAGCGCGCGGUGAAGGACGAGCUGCUGGGAGAGAAGCCGGAGAUCAAGCAGAAGUGGGCCUCGCGCCUGCUGGCCAAGCUCCGCAAGGACAUCCGGCCCGAGUUCCGCGAGGACUUUGUGCUCACCAUCACGGGGAAGAAGCCCCCCUGCUGCGUGCUGUCCAACCCCGACCAGAAGGGCAAGAUCCGCCGCAUCGACUGCCUCCGCCAGGCCGACAAGGUGUGGCGGCUGGACCUGGUGAUGGUCAUCCUGUUCAAGGGCAGCCCCCUGGAGAGCACGGACGGCGAGCGGCUGGUCAAGUCGCCCCAGUGCUCCAACCACGGCCUGUGUGUCCAGCCGCACCACAUCGGAGUGACGGUCAAGGAGCUGGACCUCUACCUGGCCUACUUCGUCCACACACCAGAACAAUCAGGACAAUCAGACAACUCAAACCAGCAAGGAGACACAGACGUCAAGCCCCCACCAAAUGGCCACUUGAGUUUCCAGGACUGCUUUGUGACUUCAGGGGUGUGGAACGUCGCCGAGCUGGUCCGCGUGUCGCAGACCCCGGUGGCGACAGCGACCGGCCCCAACUUCUCCCUGGCUGACCUGGACAGCCCCGGCUACUACAACAUCAACCAGGUGACCCUGGGACGGCGCUCCAUCACCUCCACCCCCUCCACCAGCUCCAACAAGCGCAAGUCCAUUGACGACAGCGAGAUGGAGAGCCCGGUGGACGAUGUCUUCUACUCAGGCCGUUCCCCGGCGGCCGGCAGCAGCUCUCAGUCCAGCGGUUGGCCCAAUGAUGUGGAUGCAGUGCAGCACCAUUUGGCCAGUGUGCAGGAGAGGAAGAUUAAGCAUGAGAGCGAUGGAGUGCAGUUUCCUUACCAUGGACUCUCAUCGCCUGGUUCUCUUAAGAAGCCGGGGAAAUUCGAUUUCAGCGCCCUGUCCUCCCAGACGAGGUCCCCCCGCAUGGCGUUCACCCACCACCCACUGCCAAUGCUGGCGGGAGUGAGACCAGAGAUGUCUCUGUUGGCAGGGAGUCCCCGUGCUUCAGCCUCGGCCUUGCACUUCCCGUCUCCCUCCAUCAUCCAGCAGUCUAGCCCCUACUUCACCCACCCAACCAUCCGCUACCACCACCACCCUGGACAAGACCCCCUGAAGGAAUUUGUGCAGUUUGUCUGUGCCGAUGGCUCGGGGCAGGCCGCCGGACAGCAUACUCCACGCCAGGCGCCACAGCUCCCAACAGGUUUGUCGGCAUCGGAUCACGGGACAACAACUUUCUGAACAUCCCGCAGCAGACACAGUCUUGGUUCCUCUGACAAGAUCUGUGUCCAAACCAGCAACUAGAAUUCUUUCUUUACAAUCGGAAAUAGAAAAAACAGAGAAACAACCCGCAGGAUAAUAAUUGUCCUCCAACCAACCCACCGACCGACCGACCGGCCCUGAUACAAAAUAUAACCGAGCAACGCAGGAAACUACAGCAGCAUGACGCUUUUAGAGGAACUCUGGACUCAUUUACCCAGUCAGAGGGAGGAACCGUUUUCGAGUAACAGAUGGAUAGAUGGAAAGAUGAACGGAUGGACAAGAGGAUAAAGAAGGGGUGAGGGGACGAACGGCAGCAAGCAGGUCUCUCCUGAAACCAACCGAACCAGCACAACACAGCAGGAGGAACCUGAGGAGGGGGAAAGCGGUCGACUUCUCCUACUCUGCAAGGACGCAUUGUGUAAUGAACGGCUGAGAAAACCCAACGAGAACCAUGUCUCCACGACACAGGUGUAACAUUUAAGCUAAUGAACCCACAGCCUGAUCAAAGCAAAGACACCAUUUGGUUUCCAAUGAAAGCUGCAGUCCUGUGAUGUCUGUCAUCACCCAAAACAAAUCAAAUUGACCAAUGUUUCUCUCCCUCUGAGUGACUCCACAAAGUUUUUACCCUACUACUAACUAGAGAGAGACCAUGCCAAAACAUAUCCUGAUUAAAGGUUGCACUAGAAGCUGAAUCAAUUAACACUAAUCUUAACGAUGUGCACUAUUUACCUACAAGGCAUGGGAGGUAAACCAGACUUGCCUAUUAAAGAGUUUUAAAGAGGAAAAACCAAGGUACAAGAAGCCUUCACGUGUCCUCAACCCCCACUCCCACUCCCACAUCGCUCAGUUCGACAAAUCAUUGGCCUCCGCUCAUUCUCACGUCUCCCCACACGACACACACUCACACAAUCUGUGCCACGACCACAGCGCGUGUGUACGAUUGAAAACACGCACACAGUCGCCCAGUCAGACCUUUCAGAUUGUUCACAGGUGGUGGUGUUGUGUUCUCACACUGUCAUCAGCACACACAGUCAGCCCGGUGAGCUCUCUCCACCUAUUUGAUUCGAUAUCCAAACAUCGCACACACACGCUUUGACUUUCAGCGUGUGUGUGUGCAUCAUUACUGACAGUGUCCAUGACUGUAGACAGCAGCUAUUGGUUCCCCCCCUUUGCCCUCUUGUAAUGUAGAUGAAUGAUUUUGUUAUCUCUUGUGUGUUCUCUUAUUUGAAUUUAUUCCUUUUUGGAUUUGUACUAUUUUAUAAUUGUUUUGUAUUUGAAUGACAGCACCUUAUAGAGAAACACAGAAGCGGCGUAGACAGGGUGGUUCGCUGACCUGGGUCACAUAGUACGUGCAAAAACUCAAAGACAAAGUUUAAUUUUUUGGGAAAUACGCUCACUCGCUUUCUUGCAGAGAGUUAGACAAGAAGAUCGACGCCAUUCUCAAGUCGAACAGAGCCAAGCCUGAAGCCUGAUUUAUAGUGGGGCGCUCUACACCUGCAACGUUUUUAAUUUAUGCCACAGCCAAUAGUUUCAGGUAACCAGACGCUGCCCUCAUUAUAUAAAUCCCUCUGACAGCCGUUUGUUUCAUAUCUUUGUGCUACCUUGAACCCUUUUGCAUUUUUAAAAUGGAGGGAUUUGAAAUCAGUGUUAUUUAAAGAAGAGGAGAUUUUAAACCUAUUUCUACUUAGAAGACAACGAGAGCACAAGAAAAGCUACAGGGUCCAACAAACGCAGGACAUGGACAAGGAGGUGCACUUGCGGUAGUUUCAGAUGUCCGCCGACCAUUUUGAUGAUUUGGUCGUCUGGAUCCGGCCCCAUGUGGCUCCCAUUAGGACACACAAAACUCUGCGACUACCAAAUCACAAUACACAAAAACAUAUGACAGUGAUCAUGACAUAAAAGUGUCAAGCAAAACUUUUCUUCUGUCCAAAAAUUGUGACACUCAUCGAUAGUUUGGAGCGCCCUACUAUAAACCGGGCUAGCUGUUUCCACCUGUUUCCAGUCUUUGUGCUAAGCUAAGCUAACGCCUAGUUUACACUACGUGACUUUUACUUUUCACACUGUUGUUGUGUCCGCACUAUAUGACCAACCAAUGACAAACCACUACAAAAGAGACUAAAAUUAGGUGGAGAAAAAAGGUAGUUAUAUUGGUAUAGCAGACUUUAGCAUCCUUAAUUUGAUACCAUUUUUGAUUGCCACAGGGAAAAAAUGACAUUCAGGGUAUACACUGUUUUUUAAAAUUUACAUAUAAAUCCAAAAAGGCUAUAACAAAGACUUUUCUUUGUGUGCUUCGUAGCAGAAGUCAGCAGGAUGUCGUAAGUAGCAGGGCUCCAUGCUCAAGCGACGAGCCAACAGUAAUUUGCGUCUGAUCUGGAGCUUUUGUCUGGGAGCUCUGGAAAAUCCAGGCUAAAGUCGUGUAAACUAGGCACGACUGGCUGCUGCUUCUUUAACAGACAGACAUGAGAGUGGCGUCAAUCUUUGUGUCUAACACUCGAUAAAAAAGAAAGCGAAUAAGCGAAUUUCCCAAACUGGUUUGUUUGUCGAUGCCAGAUGAACCUAUUCGCCACGUACUGUACUGGACGACCACACACAGCAGGAUGAUGACAAUCACAGGAAGCUUAUUUCCUGGAGAACUUACCUGCAGAACCACACAGGUCAACAAAUCUAAAGCCCCGUCUGCUAUCUGACCCAGGUCCAGCCGGCGGCGGUGGUGAUGUACGAGCGUCAGAAAAACAGAACCAAGGAGGGAAGGUUGCUGAAGACGGGACUCAGAGUAAAAGAGAGAGUAGCUCUUCUUUCUGUCUCCCUAAAGUUUACCCUGUUGUUUACACUCCCAGACGGGCCGCCGCUCCAAGAGCAGAGCGCGCCACACUGCGGAGCAAAAUGAAUAUGUGACAUAUCUGGCUGUUAGCGGAGAGGGAACGAGGGCCUCUAAGGCUACGCAGUAGGAGGAUCACCCCUGUGCCCAUUGUUGUUUGGGUGCACGGGAUCAGGUCGAGGAUAUCGGAUGCUAUGGUAUUCCCCCCAACACACACACACACACACAAACACACACACACAUGCACCAGCACUCCCCUGAGCUGAAUCGAUGAGCCCUUAAUGAUCAAAACUGCACUAAAACAAUCAUACCAGCCAACGUUGUGAGUUUUCAUAGAUCGACCACCACUCAGUGUUUCCUGUCAGUGGGGCGGAGACACUCGUAGAGCACACAUCGCCACUUCUGAAACACACACUCGUAAAGACCACUCACUAUAAACGCAAACACGUCCCCCCAGCGCACGCCCGACUGAAUUCAAAGGGAAGUCUUAAAAAUAGACAAUCUGAGGAGGCCUUUAUGCUUUUAAUCGUUUUCUAUCAUUCAGUUAUUUCCUGUUCAAACUCCAGAUCACCCACCCAACCUCACAAAAUAACUGGACUGCCUGGCCAUGUUCUUCACUGCAGGGAAACACAACAUAGUUGGCCAACCGAAUGGCGACCAUCUCAUCAGCUUCGUAGAGAGAACUAGCUCUGCCGAGUAAGACGUUAACGAUGGCUAAGGUGAUUUCUUUUCUAAUCUAUGGAAGUGCCUCUGUAUUCCCAUUAUGCAAUUUGUCAAACAUGAAUUCAGGUUCUUUUUCUCACAUAUAAGCUAUAGUGAAUGGUGAAAAAUUUAUGUCAGGAGAGGGGGAAAAAAAACGGUGACAGCUCACUAGAUAAUCGCAAGCAUCUUUAUAUAUAAUACACAUAUAUAUUUAUAGAUAUAUACAUUUUUUUUAUUUGCAAGAUAAGCUGUGUGGCAGUCUAGUUAUUUUUUGAAGCAUGGCGUACAUCGCACAGUCAUAGGAUGCAUCUCAAAAACCGCUGAUUAGAGGUAAAGUACCAGUCUCUAAACCCACGAAAUAAAAGAAAAAUCCAUGGCAAACACGACAGUAGACACAUAGACAGUGAUGAUAACGUAGUUGAGGAUCAAUAAAAAAAGAACAGAUUAGGUUUUGUUGUUUUCUUUCUUGUUUUGAUGGGAAGUAUUGUUCUUGAAACUAAAUGAUGUAUGUUGAUUGAGCCAUGUGCAAUGCCUUGGUAGAGGAAUUGUGUUUGUUUGUUAGCGACUGUUUGAGGGUGUCACGAGAAAAGAGGGAAAACCCUCUACGUUUUUUUUUUGUUUCAAGUCCACGUGCUCUGGGACUCUAAAUACGAGGGCGGCGAGAAAAAUAUCCCAGUCUUUGUAAGUAAGUAAGUGUGGGGAAAUUGUUUUUAAUUUCCUUUUGGUUGUUUUUUUCUUCCUUUUAUCACUUUUUUAAGAAAAAAAAUUGUUUUCAAAAUGUGGGAGGGCUGAAGGAACAAUUUUGCAACUCAUAAAAUAUAUAUCACUAUGAAACCUGGUGCUUUCGUAAAGAAUAAAGUACAUUCAAUCUCUAUUAUACAUAAAUAAUAAACGAAAUUAAGUGUUAUCAUAAAAGCAAAUUUUAGGAAAACAUGCAUUAUUCUAUUUCUCUUUUUGUAUUUACCGAGGGGGGAGGGGUUCAUUGUAUGAAGAGGUUGUUGUGACAAAAGGCAUUUUUCCCCCCCAACCUUUACACCGCAGCCGAGGAACAGUCGAACAGUCGAAGGGAAGAAAACUGAAUCAUUUUGUAUCCGACGCAAGUCAGUCCCUCCAGGAUUUCACCGACUGCCGUUGUGAUUGUUGCAGCCUGAGAAGUUCACAGCAUCUUCUCAAAAAAAAUGACUAAUAUUUUUAGACAGGAUAUUUUGGGAUGAAAUAGCAGGAGCACAUUUACAAAAAUAGUUGCGAUGCCGUCUCUGAUUUGAAGUCUUUUAUUAUGAAAGUUCAGUGUUUCCCACAGAAUUAGAAUCUAUAGCCCUUUUCACACAGAGAUGGCGCUGUAGAGCCACUACGACGUCCCGUCUUUAUGCCACCUUUGCAUUUUUACACAGAACCAAACAACGGCGCCAUCAUGCGUGAUUUUAGUGUGACAUACGCCUCUGCAGCGACACCAAGCCGUUAAAGGCGCAGCAGUAGUCUCACGAUAAACAGAGACAGUGCCGAGUGAAUCAACACGCUGAGCGCAACUCUACGAUGAAAUGAGAUUUCACCCAUUUCAAAUAGCCAGAUUGGAGGGUAAGGAGCUCCUGGACCUCAUUGUUUUCCCAAUUUGCGGGAAUUUUCAGCUGCUGUUCCUCGUUGAGUUAGCUGCUAACUGCUAACAGCUACUUUUAAAAUCUCCCACAGUGGGUCGCAUGUAUAUGAUGGGAAGGGGUCCGCUGUUGCUGCUGUUGGAAGCAGCGCUGAAGGACCCAGAAUCAACACAAUGAAAUGAGAUUUAACCCGUUUUAAAUAACCAAAUUUGUCUUAAAGUUUGCAAUGUUCGCACACAAUUGCAACGUCCAGCAGGUCGUGGAUUAGCUGAAUUUGCGAUCGCAGCGUCCUGGAGGGACUGAUGAGUGAUCCGAGUGUGGGACAAGGACAAGAUCUUCCCCUAAUUUGGGAGAUGCACAAUUCUGGAUUCAAAGAAAGAAACGAUGAUACCUGGUUUGUUAUUUGGUGUAAACGUAUGGUUGGUUCAGGGAGAGGGAAUCAGCGACCUCUGUCUGGUCAGAGGAACGCUGUCAUCAAUUCAAGUGAACCCCCCCUCCCCUCCCCCUCCCCUCCUCCUCCCCCCCCAAUCCCCAUCUCCCACUGUAAAUGAUUAUAAAUAUUUGUUUGGUGAUGUAGUGUUAUAGACUCAGAGCAUCUUAAAGGUUGUCCCUAAAAAGUGCCUUUUGUUCACAGAUUCCAUCUUGUAAUCCUGAGUGCCCAUCUCGAAAGAAAAAAAAAGUCCCCUCCUUCAUACUUCUAUAUCUUUCUCUUCCUCUUCUUGGAGCUUUUUAAAGCAGUAUACAUAGUACUAAAGGAAAUUGGUGUGAUUUAGUUCCUCUUUUUAUUGUUGAAUAAUUAAGAAAAGCAUAAAAAAAGCCAAAAAAAAAAAAAAAAAGAAGAUAUUUUCUGUCUUGCUUCUCUUCCUCUGUAUCUUGUCUUCUGUCUAUCUUGGACACUGGAGUAGUCUGUAGCCGCGUAACCCUCUCCUCCUCCUCCCCUCCCCCUUCCUUUUCUCCCUUUCUCUGAACGGCGGGGUUUAAAAAAAAAAAAAAAAAAAAAAAAAAAGAAUACGCAAAGAUUUUUUUGUCUGAGCAGAAUGCAGUUAGCUCACAUGUUAUUCUUGUCUGUACGCUUCACAUUGUAUUACCAUACCCAUCUUCUUCAGCUUCUCCAUUCAACAGCUAAUGUAAGUGAACAAGUUACACCACGAGGCUCUGGGCCGUGCUGAGGACACGGGCCGGCGGCGGGGCUAAGGCGGCGGUCAGAAUCAACCCUGGCGGAGGGAGAAAAGCACUCACGGGAUGUUUUGGUUCGGGGCUUACGCGAGGGAGCUGAGCAGUAGGACUGCUAGUUUAGGCGGGUUUGUUUGUAAUCCUUGUUUCUAUCUAUUUAUUUUUUUAUAAUUGAAUUUGGAUUUUUGCGUUUUGAUUCUUUUUUGGUCUUUGUUACUGCGUAUCGUAGGCAGCAGGAAGACGCUGCGUCGAGACCUUCAAUUAUGCACCUUUUUAGUGUUUGAAUGAGACUAGCUAUUUUUUUUUUACAAAAGGAAAAAAAUGACUCGAAGCACCUUAUGAGCGGACUGGCUCCACAGCUCGGAGACUGAAAGGCUCGAAUUUAGCACAAUCAUAAGAGACGUUACGCAUCGAUUCACCGCCAUCCGAAAUCGCAGUGUUUGAUUGACCAAAGCGAUAUGGUUCCAAAAGCCGUACGAAACUAGUCGGUGACUUCCAGAGAAAAGCACCGUGAAAUUCCACCAGCAAAAUCAAGGGAUUACUACGGCAGCGUGUUAGGGCCAUUUUAGGUUUGAACAUAAAAGAAAAUAUGGAGCUAUGGGAGGGGCGAGAUAUUCCAGGAUAAAACUCCAAAUUACGAAUUCACGUUGACUCAUGUGGGACACAAACACCGGUCUCCUGGGUGAAAGUCCUGUGCUUGAUGUCUUUAUUUAAUCCACCACAACUUUGUAACUUUUUAUAGGACGUCACCGGCAAACUUCUACUUAUUGCUAAAUCCAGCUGCAAAAUAUAUUUUAAUUAGGUUUUCCACUGCAAACAUUAAAAGUGAAGUGAUGUGGUUCCUUAACAAAAAAAAACUAUUUUUUUUUUGUCUUUUUCUCGUAAAUUUGUGACUUUAACCUCAGAGAAUUUCCGAACUGUUCUCCCAAACGUAUGCCUCCAAGUGUCAGAGAAUAUUCUCGUUUUUCCUGUUAAUCUGGGAGUUUAUUGUAAAUUUAAUCCCAGAGAAUAUCCAAGAUUUAUUUCUCCCGUUUUUCCUUGUAAAUUUACAAUUUUAAUCACAGAAAUUAAGAUUUUUUUUCUUGGAAUAUUACUCCCAUCCCCGGCUUUUUCCCUGCAAUAGAAAGGCAAAGUCCCUCCCCUUUCUUUUAUCAUAAAUUUACCAAUUUAAUCCCGGAGAAUAGCCACGAUUUUUUUUUUUUUUUCUCUCCUAUAAAUUUUUGACUUCAAUCUUGGGAAUUCAGAUUUUUUUCUUGGAAUAUUACUCCCAUCUCCGGCUUUUCUCCCACAACAGAGAAGCAAAGUCCCUCGCCUUUCUCGUAAAUUUAUGCCUUCAUAAUGUCAGAGAAUAUUCUGGGGUUUUUUUCUCUUAAAUUUGUGAGUUUAUCGUAAAUGUACCAAUUUCAUUUAAGGUUUUUUUCCCCCUUAAAUUUCCAACUUUAAUCUCAUCUUUUUCCCUAUAACAGAGAGGCGAAAUUCCUUCCCUUCCAGUGUCACCCAUGGGAUCUUAUUUCGGAAAGAAAAAGUACUGUAGUGGCCCUAAUAUGCCGUCGUUACAGAUUUUUGUCCUGCAAAAAAAAAAUAUAUGCAACUUUUUAUUUUCCUGAAACAAAACGAAGCCAGCAGCAGUAUUAUCAAUCAAGCCUUUGACCAGUGAGAGCGCCACAGAUGAGAAGCCAUAUCAGAGAUGAACAGGUUGCAUCGGACAGAGUGUGUAUCUGUGUGUGUGUUUGUGUGAGUGUGUGUGUGUUGUUGAGGGAGGGUGUCCACAGUGUCCGCCCUGCACCGUUCAGAGAGCCCAGUCGAACCCUGUGGCCGAACAGUCCGCCAUUUUUCUUUCUCUUUGUUUUUAACACGUUUCGUAGGGAGCUGGGCCGCGUUAGUUUAGACUAAGCCCUCCGGCCGGCCUCGCCCCUCGCCUCCGCUCCGUAACCCCUCCCGCCAUGAGUGCUCCUCUUCCUCCUCCUCCACCGCCUCCUCCCCCCUCAGAGCGGCGUCCCAUCCUCAGACACCUCCCCCAGAGCCCAUGGUGAAAUGCAUGUGUUAAUUACAGUUUCUUUUCCAUAAUAAUAAUAAAAAACAGUUUGAAAAGAGCAACACCUUUACUUGAUUGAAUAAAAGGAUGUUCUUGACUGUA